AUGCCUUCCCUUCCAAGCUCCCCCUCCCGCCGUGGCCGAAGCCGCGGCCUCGACGCUGACGACGCCCGCUCGCGCCGCAACGAGAACAAGAUCGAGCUCCGCAAGGCAAAGAAGGACGAGACGCUCGCCAAGAGACGCUUUGCUCAGCCCGCCGAUGCCGCAGCCGAGGAGCCCACUGACCCCGCAGCCGCCGCAGCUGACGCGGUCGCCAACGCCUGCUCGGCGGCGGCGGAGGUGCCUAGGCUCGCCUCGAUUGUGCACGAGUACGUCCGGGGCGGGUGCUGCGGCGAUGCCGCGGCGGCGCUCUCGACGGUGACUCGGCUGCGGAAGCUCCUCUCCCUCUCGGGCGGCCCGCCCAUCGACGAGUGCAUCUCGGCGGGGCUGGUACCCGUCUUCAUCCAUCUCCUCGGCGGCGCCGGCGCGGUCGUCUUCGAGGCGGCCUGGUGCCUCACCAACAUCGUGUCCGGCACGACCGACCACGCCAAGGCAGUCGUCGACGCGGGGGCCAUCCCGCCGCUCCUCAACCUCGUUCAGACCUCGCCUUCCGUCGAGACCCGCGAGCAGGCCGUGUGGUGCCUCUCCAACGUCGCUGGCGACUGCGCCUCGCUGCGCGACAUGCUCCUCGGCUGCG